AUGCCCAAGUCGAAGAAAUCAUCAGACGCAAAUAAGGCUGAGGGGACUGUUCCCGAGCUGUGCGCGAGCGGCGGGCAGAAGAGGCCCGGGGGAACUCCAUCCUGUGGGGAGGAAGUGGUCACUAAGAAACAGUCAGAGGACAGGAGCCUUCAGACCCAGAGCCACAAGUCCUCCAGCUGCUCCAGCUCAAAGGCCACGCACACCAAGAGCAGCCGAAAAGCCGCGGAGAAGAAGGCUGAGGGAGCUGUUCCUGAGCUGCGCUCGAGCGGCGGGCAGAAGAGGCCGACUCCAUCCUGUGGGGAGGAAGUGGUCACUAAGAAACAGCCAGAGGACAGGAGCCUUCAGACCCAGAGCCACAAGUCCUCCAGCUGCUCCAGCUCAAAGGCCACGCACACCAAGAGCAGCCGAAAAGCACGCGCUGAAAAAUUCUACACCAAAGGAGAGCUGCUGGGGCGUGGGGGGUUCGGGUCCGUCUACGCCGGGACCCGCAAGUCGGACGGACUGCCGGUGGCCCUCAAAUAUGCAAAGAAACUGGAAGAUGAUGAAAUACAGCUGCUAUGGCAUACCAUCGGUAGGAACAAAACAGUACCCUUAGGAAUCACUCUUAGAACCACUGCUGGACUUUCAAUAAAACAUGGUCAGCCAAUCACAUCAGGGAAAAAGCCUGGACUGGACAGGCCUCUGCCCCGGGAGGUGGGGCUGCUGAAGACGGUGAACAGCCCCUCGCACCCCAACGUCCUGCGGCUGUAUGACUGGUUCGACAGGCGGUCCUCCUAUGUGAUGGCGAUGGAGCGCCCGGACCCGUGCCAGGACCUGGCGGAGUACUGCGAGCGGCAGGGCGGGGCCCUGGGCGAGGGCGAGGCUCGCCACAUCACGCGGCAGCUGCUGGGGGCGCUGCAACACUGCCGCCAGCACGGGGUGGUGCACCGUGACGUCAAGCCGGAAAACAUCCUGGUGCAAACGGACACGCGGCAGAUCAAGCUCAUCGACUUCGGCUGUGGAGACCCCCUGAAAGACACCCCCUACGCAGAGUUCUCAGGGACCGAGAGCUACCAGCCGCCGGAGUGGUUUGAGAAGCAGGAGUUCCAGGCGGGUCCCGGGACGGUGUGGUCCGUGGGGGUGACCCUGUUUCAGAUGCUGUGCGGUGCCCUUCCCUUCACCACCUUCAACAGCGGGGCGAUGCAGCAGGUGUACUUCCCUGAGGGGCUGUCACCAGGGCUCAGGGACUUCAUUUCCUGUUGCUUGAGGCCCCGGGCGGAAGAUCGGCCCACGCUGGGGCAGCUGCAGCUUCACCCCUGGCUCCACCAGUAGGGCACUGGGUCAGGAGUAGCGUGCCCCCCAGAAUCUAGGCCGCUGGGUCAGCGUGAGCCUGGCCCCCCCGUGGUAUGGUAAGUUGAAGGUUUGCUAGUGUUCUGAUGUGGUAAACACUGGAAGCUGUCCCUUUAAGACAGUGUCCCAGUGUAUGGAUGGGAGGUAGGAAUUCGGUCCACGGAGUCCACCAUGGCAAUAAGGGAGGAAUGCUGGCCAGCUGGAGCGGAAUCAAAGUGACUGCUAUUCACCCAACAUCAGCAGCCCCUCGAGUGCAUUUAGCACCCAGACUGGAGAAAACCACUGUGACCACAGACCUGAGGUUGCUUCUAUACCCAGCAAUGGGGACCCUUCAAUGCCCCUUGGGGAUAUAGUUUGAAAGCUUUGAUGAAUGCUUGUUGGAGAGCAUUGUUCAUGCUCAGGAGAUCACCGCCAGUUCUACUUUGUUUAAGCAGUCUGUUUAUAAUUGUUUUUGUCUUUGCAUGCAAUGAUUAGUUAGUAGUUGGGUAAGAAUUAAAAAAUGCCUUGUGGCAUUGGCUAAUAGAUUAAAUGCAGAACAAUGUAUUUUACGUCAAAAUUACCACUCCUUGCUGGUUUGUUGUAUAGUCGUUAUUAUUGGCAGUGCUAUAGGUUAUAGCUGGAACCUCUGCUUUUCCUCAUUUGAAAAUAAAGGAUCAUGACAGACACAUUGGUAACAAACUAUUUAUAUUUACAGGAAUUUCCCAUGGAGGGAGGUAUUUGGUCUGCACCAUGGCAACGAGGGAGGAAUGCUGGCUAGCUGGAGCGGGACUAAGGCGACCGUUGUCCCUACAAUGUCUCCAGCCCCUCGAGCACACGCAGUCUGGUCAAACAGCACCCAGACUGGAGAAAACCGCUGUGGUCACAGACCUCAGACUGCUUCUAAACCCAGCAAGACCCACAAGCAGGAAUCUCCCAUGGAGGGAGUUAUUUGGUCUGCACCAUAGCAACGAGGGAGGAAUGCUGGCUAGCUGGAGCGGGACUAAGGCGACCGUUGUCCCUACAAUGUCUCCAGCCCCUCGAGCACACGCAGUCGGGUCAAACAGCACCCAGACUGGAGAAAACCACUGUGGUCACAGACCUCAGACUGCUUCUAAACCCAGCAAGACCCACGAGAAGAAUCUACGAGUGGUGAUCUGCCAUCCUGGACCUGGUGUUGUUUUGCAUUGUCUACUCAUAUACCACAGCAAUGAUGAAGCCAUUAUCACCUUUUACAAUAAAUCCUGUUUUACAUGUAAAAAUUGAA